AUGAAACUCCACUACGUCGGUGCUGCUAUUGAUACCGGACGCUUCUUCACCAUACUAGCCGAUACUACUUCGCAAGUUGCCAACUUUAACCCAGCACCCAAGUACGAUCCUAGCGCGAGAGGUGGUCUUGAAAAAGGUGUUCGGCUUUUCGACCCAAUAUACCAGAUUUCCUCGCUCGAUGUCCUAGUCCCAACCAAUUCGCCUACAUCCUGGAACGAAUUGACGUCGGCCGCUCGACUGGUCAAUUAUGGAACUCCAGUUUAUGGAGCAUACUGGCGCGAUGCGCAAGCCGAGUCAAUGAACCGAUCGGAAGUCUUCAGCCACAUCAUCAGCUUAGCACAAUCCAAGCUACUUUGUUCAAAUCAGCUGCCCCUACCGCAAAACCUCACCGAAUAUCAAGCCCUUGCAUUGCUAGGUACUACAAUCCAGCCAAGGCUCAGCGGCACUUUGCACUUGAACUCCGAGCUAGUUUCAUCGCAUGCAGCUCAUUGUGACUACAUCUCACCCGGUCGUGACCUGAUUCUCGCUAAUUACCCCUCCCAGUUUAUCUUGGCAUCUGCAGCGAAUAGAACUUUGGCAGACAAAGAAAUGCUCAUUUGCUGCAUCAAGAAGCUAACUGCCACUCUGCGCCUCGGACUUGAUGCCAAGGGAGUUGCUGGAGAGCUAGCCAGCAGGAUCAUUCUAUCAUGUGCGAUGCACGAGGCUAUGCGAAAAUCGAAGGAAGAUCCUGUCGAAAUACCUUACGGUCGCUCAGUUCGAUUGGCCGACUUUUUGAAUGCUUUAACCGGUCGUUCAGAAGACAACCUGAAGACAAAAGGCGACGUGGCUCCGUUACUGCCGCCAGAUGCACGACGAGCCUCCCAAGUUUUUCAUGGUUUCAAGGGCUAUGCGUGUCUUCCUGAAGGCGUAGCUGAAGCUCUAGAAGAAAUGAUACAAGUCGAACCGGAUUUGCGGUCGCUUCAUCAAGAUCAACCUGGAAGGGAAUACGCCCACACAGUUAACCCAUUGGUUUAUACUGGUCCCCAGAGCUGA